GCGAUUGGCCCGCGUUGGCGCGAACCCGUCCUCUCGCGCGCUCCGCGUCCCUUUCCCGGAGAGAGAGAGAUAGAGAAAAAAAAAAAACCGCGGGCCAAGCGGUGGGGAAAACAAGGAAGAGAAGGGAAGCCGGGACACUGAGGGGAAGAAGCAGAGAAGCCGCGACGGCGACGAAGAGAUUCGGCAUCAUGGCGGAUAAAGAAGCUGCCUUUGAUGAUGCAGUGGAGGAACGGGUGAUUAAUGAAGAAUAUAAAAUAUGGAAAAAGAACACGCCGUUUCUCUAUGAUCUUGUAAUGACACAUGCGCUGGAGUGGCCCAGCUUGACUGCUCAGUGGCUUCCUGAUGUAACCAGACCUGAAGGCAAAGACUUCAGUAUCCAUCGACUAGUGCUUGGGACCCACACCUCUGAUGAGCAAAACCACCUUGUGAUCGCCAGCGUUCAGCUUCCGAAUGAUGAUGCACAGUUUGAUGCUUCCCAUUAUGAUAGUGAAAAGGGAGAGUUUGGAGGCUUUGGAUCUGUCAGCGGGAAAAUUGAGAUUGAAAUAAAAAUCAACCACGAAGGAGAAGUGAAUAGAGCACGCUACAUGCCCCAGAAUCCUUGCAUCAUUGCAACAAAGACACCAUCCAGUGAUGUUCUGGUGUUCGACUAUACCAAGCACCCAUCUAAACCAGACCCUUCUGGUGAAUGUAAUCCAGAUCUCCGUCUCCGUGGGCAUCAGAAAGAAGGCUAUGGUCUGUCCUGGAACCCAAACCUUAGUGGGCAUUUGCUUAGCGCAUCUGAUGAUCAUGUUAGUAUUACUAUCUGCUUGUGGGACAUCAGCGCUGUUCCAAAGGAAGGGAAAGUGGUGGAUGCCAAAACGAUCUUCACAGGCCACACAGCUGUAGUUGAAGACGUUUCCUGGCAUUUGCUCCAUGAAUCGCUUUUUGGCUCUGUUGCGGAUGAUCAGAAACUCAUGAUCUGGGACACCCGGUCAAACAACACUUCCAAGCCAAGCCACUCUGUGGAUGCUCACACUGCAGAAGUGAACUGUUUGUCUUUCAACCCUUACAGCGAGUUCAUCCUGGCCACAGGAUCAGCUGAUAAGACAGUUGCAUUGUGGGAUCUUAGAAACCUGAAAUUGAAGCUACAUUCCUUUGAGUCACACAAAGAUGAAAUAUUUCAGGUUCAGUGGUCUCCUCAUAAUGAGACUAUUUUGGCUUCCAGUGGCACGGAUCGCAGGCUGAAUGUCUGGGAUUUGAGCAAAAUUGGAGAAGAGCAGUCUCCUGAAGACGCAGAGGAUGGUCCACCUGAACUGUUGUUUAUUCACGGAGGCCACACUGCCAAGAUCUCCGACUUCUCCUGGAAUCCCAAUGAGCCCUGGGUAAUUUGUUCUGUAUCAGAAGACAAUAUCAUGCAAGUCUGGCAAAUGGCAGAGAACAUUUAUAACGAUGAAGAUCCCGAAGGCAACGUGGAUCCAGAAGGCCAGGGGUCCUAGAUAUUAGGCCCAGUUCCUGCCUUGUUCUUCCCUCCUCCGUUGUUUUCUCCCUGCUUUGUUCUCUCUGCUUUCCCAAGAUUGUCAAUACUGCUGUUUUGAAAGACACACUCACACACACACACACUGUAUUCAAACAACCCAUUUGUAGAUACUGCCCAUUGAUUUUGCUUCUAACACAGAACUUGAACUGUUGCCAGUUGAAAAUUGAUAAGCGCAACCAUCAUGGCACCAGUGGCUUCAUCGUUGACCACUUUUCCUCUUUACAGUAUUUGGUGAAUUGAGUCAGCAUCCUCUCCUUUGAGAUGUGAUGUUUACUUUUUACAUUUUUAAUGCAAACAGUGCCCAAGUUGCAGUUCAAAUGUUAGUAAGAUCUGAACGUUUUUCUCGGAGGGAAUAUUCCAGCGUGGAGAAGAUUCUUUUAUUUUAUUAAUAUUAUAUGAUAUUUUUGGUCCCUCUGAUUAAAGUCGUGUGCAGGGCUUUUGCUCUCUCUAGUCUUGUAGUUCUGAAAUGCAAUGCAGGAUCAACUGAUUUUCUAUUUCUAGCUGUGUUUCCAUUGGCCUAGAUAAUUUCUCCCUAAGCCGUUGAACCUUCCAUCUUUUGUCGAUGGGUAGAUAAGGCAGUGGAUAUGGCUCGGAUUCAGAUAUGAUUGAGGUGCCUAAACCUGCACAUGGCUUCCUUCUUGUGUGUUUCUUGAUCUGUGUUAUCCUAUUACCUUUUGUUUCUGUGAAUUAUUUUUUUGCAUUUAAACUUGGGGGACCACCAAGUUCUAAAAGGUGUUUUGUUUUCAACUGAAUGACACACCACACACCAACUACUUAGGAUCAUCCUAGCAGUUGGUGCACAUAUUAAGGAGUACUAUGUGCAGAUAAUGUACUCUUUUUCCCUUGUAUCAAUACAUCUCCUGUGUGGGUGAACUAUUGCACCAGCAGCCCAUUUAUCUUUUCAUGGACCUGUGCAAGUGCUUCAGAUAAAAUAAAUUUGGUUUUCUAUGUAGAA